AUGGACAACUUGACAUUCAGAUACAGCAUUCUUCAAGUUGAGGGACUGAAUGUUACACCUCAGUCUACUUAUCCUGUUUUCAUCUUGCUUCUCUUGGUUUAUGUCUUUAUAAUGGUUUCCAACACUGCACUUAUAAUUCUUAUCUCAACAGAGAAGAAUCUGCAUCACCCUAUGCAUUUUCUUUUCUGUAACUUACCUCUGAAUGAUAUACUAGGGACCACUGUCAUUUUGCCACGUUUAUUGAAGGAUAUUUUCAGGGAAACCUCAGAGCGCUAUAUAACAUAUGUGGAUUGUGUUGUUCAAGCUUAUUUUGUGCAUGUAUUUAUUGCAGCAUGCCACUAUGUGCUAAUGUUAGGUCUUACUAUACGUCUGUCUCACUGUAGAUAUAAAAUUGAAAACCCUUUCUGUGACAAUGCCUCACUGUUUAAACUGUCCUGUGAGGAAAGUGUGGUUAUUAACAAUGUGUAUGGAAUUAUUUAUACAGUGGUUUUAUUUAGCUUCUCAAUUGUGUCUGUAUUUAUAACGUAUGUCAAGAUUGCUACUGUGUGUAUAACCAGCAAAAACAAAGCUCUCAACAGCAAGGCCAUAAAAACCUGCAGCACUCACAUAGCUGUUUAUUUAAUCAUGCUUGUUUCUGGGUCCACUUUUAUCUUUCUCCAUCGUUUCCCACUCUUUUCUGAGAGCAGGAAACUGGCUAGUAUAAUGUUCCAUAUUGUACCACCAGGACUAAAUCCUUUAGUAUAUGGUUUACAAACCAAAGAGAUCAGACAGAAAUUAAGUUUAAAGUAUUGA